GAAUAACACCCAAUGAUCCUAACUACUACAGCAAGACCACUAAUUAUAAAUCACUACUUAUUAAUCAACAAAGAAUUCAUGCAGGGGGGAAACCCUACAAGUGUGGAGAAUGUGGUAAGGCCCUGAGUUCUCAUAAAGGAUUUAUCAUACACCUGCGACUUCAUACUGGAGACAAACCCUACAAGUGUGGAGAGUGUCAUAAGGCCUUUACUUGUAGGUCAUCACUUUCUAUUCACAAGAAAAUCCAUACUGAUAAAAAACCCUACAAGUGUGAAGACUGUGGCAAAUCAUUUUACUAUCCUUCAAUGCUCAAGCAACAUCAGAGAGUUCACUCUAGAGAGAAAACCUACAAGUGUGAAGAAUGUGGAGAAUCGUUUUACUCUUCUUCAAAUCUCAAGCAACAUCAGCAAAAUCAUUCUAGAGAGAAAACCUACAAGAAUGAAGACUUUGGGAAAUCCUUUCUCUAUCCCUCUGUCCUUAAGCAACAUCAAAGAAUUCAUUGUAGAGAAAAUCCCUCCCAGUAUGAAGAAUGUGUCAAAAGAUUUUCUUCUGCUCUACACCUUCAGAAUCAGGAACAAAUCUAUACUGGAGAGAAACCCUACAAGUGUGGAGAAUGUUAUAAAGCCUUUCGUUGUCUCUCAUCCCUUAGGAUACACAAGACAGUUCACACUGGAGAGAAACCUUACAAGUGUGGAGAGUGUGGGAGAUGUUUUUCCUCAUCUAUCUGCCUUAGAAGACAUCAAACAAUUCACUCUGAAGACAACCCCUACAAGUGUGAAGACUGUGGGAGAUGUUUCUGCUCAUCUUCAUCCCUUAGACGACAUCAAACACUCCAUUCUGAGGACAAUCCCUACAAAUGUGAAGAAUGUGGAAAAAGGUUUUCAUGUUCUGCAAGUCUUCAGGAACAUCAAACAAUUCAUACUGGAGAGAAACCAUACAAGUGUGAAAAUUGUCCCAAAGCCUUCCGUUAUCACUUAAACCUUAAGAUACACAAGAGAGUUCAUACUGGAGAGAAACCUUACAAGUGUGAAGAGUGUGGCAGACGUCUUUCCUCAUCUUCAUCCCUUAGAAGACAUCAACUAUCAUUACACUCUGAAGACAACCCCUACAAGUGUGAAGACUGUGGCCGAUGUUUCCGCUUCUCUUCAUCCCUCACAAGACAUCAAACAUUCCAUUCUGAGGAGAAUCCCUAUAAAUGUGAAGAAUGUGGAAAAACAUUUUCAUAUGGUAGAAGUCUUCAGGAACAUCAAACAAUUCAUUCUGGAGAGAAACCGUACAAGUGUGACAAUUGUCCCAAAACCUUCCGUUAUCGAUCAUCCCUUAGGAAACAUAAGACACUUCAUACUGGAGAGAAACCUUACAAGUGUGAAAAGUGUCCUAAGUGCUUUUCUUCAUCCUCAGGCCUUGUACGACAUCAAGCAAUUCACUCUGAAGACAAUCCACACAAGUGUGUAGAAUGUGGCAAACCCUUUGUUGAUGUUUAUAGCCUUACACGACACAUGACAGUUCAUACUGGAGAGAAACCAUACAAGUGUGAAAAGUGUCCUAGGUGCUUUUCCUCAUCCUCAUGCCUUGUACGACAUCAAGCAAUUCACUCUGAAGACAAUCCACACAAGUGUGUGGAAUGUGGCAAAGCCUUUGAUAAUCCUUAUAGCCUUACUCGACACAUGACAGUUCAUACUGGAGAGAAAGCCUGCAAAGGUCUUAAAAAGUUUAUACUUCUUCAGCCCUUAAAAGACAUCAAAUAAUUCAUAGUGAAUAAAACUCUGUGACUGUG